UGUUUUUUCCUCUGUUUGUAAUUUGUAUAUGUUUUUUUUAAAUAUAUCAAUUCAGUAUCAAUUCACUCGUAAAGCCUGCGAGUAUUGAAUAAAAUAAAUCUUGAAUCAUCUUGAAAUCUUCUGUUUGACAAGACUUAGAAGAGCUACCCGUGACAUUUGACUUUCUUACUGAAAUUCACUACUCAAUAUUAUCGUUUUUCCUUUAUUUAUCUCAGACACAACUGUGCAAGAUGCCUAAUUUUGCCAGCUUCAACAGAAAACAGUACCUUUUCGCUCUUCUUCUCGUGUGUUCUGUCAUGUGCUACGUAUACACCAUAAUGAUGUCUCCCGAAGGUCUAGAUUGGUCCAUCACUUACAGGAGAGAUCGAGACGAACAAACAAGUCUAUGGAACUUUAGAGAUAUUGGAGACCAACAACUAUAUCUAUAUGAAAGCGUACUGCAAAAUAAAUGGAGGUCAAACGUUACCAAAAGAGAUAAUAUGAGACAAGAGCUGGCAAACUUUCGUUCGGAGCUGAGUGGCAGCUGGCUGGUUGUUCUACAUCAGGAGAACAUUACAGAGGAGGAAGGAGCCAAGUUUGUAUUCAACCACAAAUUUAAUGGCAUAUCACCAGAACUAUUCAAACAACUCCCAAAGAUUAAUCCUUUAUCUCAUGGAAAGAGAUAUCGCUCGUGUGCAGUUGUUGGCAACAGCGGUACAAUGCUACACAGUGGUUGUGGAAAAGAAAUCGAUAAGCACGAUUACGUAUUCAGAUGCAACAUCCCACCGCUGGUGCCGUUUGAACGAGACGCCGGAACCAAAAGUAACUUUACCACGAUGAACCCGAGUAUAUUGAAUAAAAGGUACCAAAGCCUCAAGGUAGACGAACAAAUCGACCAGUUCAAUGACUUCAUGUCGCAGUUCAAUGGCGUGAUACUGUCAGUGUGUCACGGAUUUGCCAUUCCAAUUUCCACCAUCAUGAGGGCCAUGGGAAACUUGAAACGGGAGCAACUGAAAAUUGUGUGUGCCAAUCCCAUGCAUGUCCAAUCCGUGGCCGAAUUUUGGCUUGAGAGAAAUAUCAGAGCAAGGCUAUCUACUGGUUUUUAUAUGGUAACAACCGCCAUCCAGUUAUGUGAUGAGGUGGAACUGUAUGGCUUUUGGCCCUUUUCGGAGCGAUUUGGGGAGAACAAGACUAGCGUGCCGUACCACUAUUUCGAUGAGUCCUCCUGCAAGACAUCGAACAGAGUUCAUACCAUGGAUAAAGAGUUCGCCAUCCUUGUACAGCUGCAUAAUCUUGGUAUUAUCCGUAUUAAUAUGGCAUCGUGCAGUUAACGAAAAAAGUAGCAUGUGUGAACUGAGUUUCCCCUUGAAUUGUCAAAGUGUAUUUGAUCAUAAUCGUCGAAGAGGGAGGGGGGAGAGGGACGGGUAGUAUUUGACACCUCCUCCCUCCCACCCCUCCCCCCCCCCCCCUACAACAUCCACCACGACUGCAGGGCAGUCGCAUUGUUGUGAAAAUACUGCUGUACCAUGGCGUGGGGGGGGGGGGGAUGGCUGUAAAAAAAAAUGUAAAAUGUGCCAUCCAGGCCGGAUCUUGCCGUCUUAAAAUCUAUCUAUCCAUGCAAAAGUUAUGUAUGCAAGUAUAUUCAUUUAAUUAGCAGCAAUUUUAAAUGUGUGUACAACUCUUUUUAAACUAGAGAUGGCGUAAUCACGUGUACAGUACUUUACUUCGUGUGCGUGUAUUUUUCUACGUAUGUGACUGACAAUUUUUAAGGCUCUAAUUGAGAACGAACUACGCAAGGAACCAACAACCCUCGUGAAGCAUACUGAAGGGAAACGUUUUCACUAGGUCUGCAAGAGCGACACCUGUGUGGCCGUUGUUCGAUAUGAUUGCAAUCCCAUUAGAUUAAUGACUGAUGCAUUGUAAUAUUAAUUGGACACGAUGCAGUGUCUGGCAUAUACAAGGCACUAGUGAUAUAGCCACGACGAUGUACACACUUUUUUUUUACUCGAAAGUAACAUGGAUUUAUUAAGCAACUAUCAUUAUAAGUGUAAAUAUUUUACCGUCAGUUUAUUACGAAGUAUCAGAUUGUUUCCUUAUGAAUGAGUCAUGAUUAUUAACGGAAUAAGAAAUGAAAGUAACACCUUUUGCAAUACUGAAACUACCUUAUUUUGCCUUUCUAUAACUGAAAUGACAAUGUUUUCAGUACAUAUUUCAUAAAUGAUAUUUAUGCAUAAAAUAAUUUUACGUGGACAAUGUAUACGGGAUAAAAAAAAAA